AUGGUCCUCCUUGAUGGCGAUAAUUUUUUUGUCUCUUUUCCAUUUGCACCACUGCCGAUCGGAGGCAGCUACCAGCACACACAAAACCUACACACGUCGUCGACCUUGCGGAAUGAGGAUUCCUUAUUGCUUUCGUGGUCCGAAAUGUUGACGACAAAAAAACAAGCACAGCCCGCCCAGGUUUUUCCUGUCUCUUUUGUUUUGCCCAUGGCCAACCGUUUUGUUUUUCUCGGGACUCUGUCACCAGUUUGUUGGUACGCGUGUAUGUCAGGCAGCAGCGGGAAAGCUACGAAAGGAAAGCCCAUAGUGUUCUCGGGUCAAUGGGAAAAGGGAAACGUACGUGCUACGGAAAUGGAAACGUUAUCUCUCUAG